UUAACCGCAUUUUGAACACAUAUGAAGCUUGUUCGGUUCAAAUGAUUAAUAAGGAUAAAUCAUCUAUUUUGUUUAGUAAGAACACAAAGGUAUGGCAAAAACAGGAAAUGAAGGACAUCUUGUAGAUUGAUGUGGAGGGUCUAUCAUCAAAAUAUCUAGGCCUUCCAACAUAUGUAGGUCAAGCAAGAGCGAAGACUUUUGAAUAUGUGAAGGAAAGAAUUUGGAAAAAGAUCCAAGGCUGGAAGGAGAAGUUACUCUCAAAAGCAGGGAAAGAAACCUUGAUAAAAGCCAUAGCGCAAGCAAUUCCAGUCUAUACUAUGGCCUGUUUUGACAUCACUAAGGGACUAUGUGAAGAACUGAACACCAUGAUCAACAUGUACCGGUGGAGUCAAGUUGAUAAAGAAAACAAAGUGCAUUGGAUAAGCUGGGAGAAAUUAACAAGAGGGAAUAAAAGUGGGGGCCUGAGAUUUAGGGAACUCUAUGCUUUCAACCUAGCCAUGUUAGCAAGGCAAGCAUGGAGGCUGAUUCAAAACCCUUCCUCUUUAUGUGCACAAGUUCUCUCAGCAAGAUACUACCCAAAUGGGUCAAUUCUGGAAGCAAUCCCAACUCGCGGCAUCUCAUAUACAUGGCGUAGUAUUCUUAAGGGAGUUGAGCUUCCGAAAAAAGGAAUCAUUUGGAGAAUCGGUACCGGUGAGCACAUUAAUAUAUGGGAAGAUCCAUGGAUCCCAAGGAACAAUGCAAGAAAGGUAAUCAGCCACAAAGGAAAUUAUUUAAUCACUAGGGUGAGUGAGUUGAUUAAUCCUAUGACAAAUAGUUGGGAUGAGGAUUUGGUCAAGCAGACCUUUGUUCCAGAAGAUGUAAGAAUCAUACUUCAAAUCCCAAUUCAAGAACACAUCGACGACUUUAUAGCAUGGCACUUCAACAAGAAAGGUACCUUUUCUGUUAAAUCUGCCUAUAGAGUAGCAAUACAAAGUGCAGCUCGGGAGUCCAGGACAAGACUAACUUCCUCCUCAAGUGCAGAUGAGGGACAAGGUGAAUUUGAUUGGCAAAAACUAUGGUCGCUUCCCCUCCCGAAUAAAGUGCUUCACUUCUUAUGGCGAUUAUCUACGAACAGCCUUCCAGUACGGGCGAAGUUACAAAUGAGAGGGACACCAAUUCCGGCGGCUGGGGAUUCGUCAUUAGAGAUGAGCAAGGUAGGGCGAUGGCUGCAGGGGCAGUCAAUUUGGUACAUAUCUCAGAUGCUCUGCAUGCUGAAGCUUUGGCCUUGUUGUAUGCCAUAAAAAUGGCUGCUCAUAUGGGCUGCGACAAGGUGUUGUUUGAAACUGAUUCCACGCAGCUGAGGAGGGCAGUAAAUUCUAGUGAGUAUGAGCUGGCGAACAUAGGAGCUAUUAUUAGGAGUAUCACGUUUCAACUGAGUGUGCAGUUUUCCUCUACUAGGGUUGUGUCUUGCCCUCGGGCUUGUAACAGAGUGGCAUAUGUUUUAGCUGCGUAUGGAGUUAACUUGGGAGCUGAAAUGUGUGAAACCUG